UGGCCACUUGGCGAGGAGCAGAACCCUUAGUGUGAUCAUCGCGAUCGAACUGCGACGUUCGCGUGAUCGCGAGCACCGAUAGACACGUUCUCCUCAGAUCCACGGAAACAUGAAUUUGGCAACGAUGGUUAAAGUGGGUUACGUUCUCGUGAUUGUCACCCUGUUGCUGAUGGUGUGGGCGUCCAUGGUGAGGAUGCACGAGCUGCCCGUGCAGUAUCCGCCGUGCGUCGUCAAUCCCCUUUGCACUUGCUCGAAAGCCAUUCCCCAUCUCGGCAUAGUCACCUGUUAUAACGUUCCGAUGCCGCGGAUACCUCAGUCAAUUAACUCCUCGAUGGUGUUCAAGCUUCAAUUGGAGAACAAUGGACUGAUGUUUCUACAGCCACAGUUUCUCAUGAACACAGGUCUGUACAACCUACGGAUCAAGCAUAAUCUCCUGGCCGACAUCCCGGACGAAGCUUUCCUAGGGCUUGAGAGAUCGUUAUGGGAGCUCGAAUUACCCUACAAUCGCCUCGAGAGGGUGCCCAGCAGGUCGUUCAGGCAUUUGCAGAAGUUGCAACUUCUCGAUCUGACAGGGAACAAGAUAUCGAAGAUAUCACCGGACAAUUGGCGCGGUCUAGAGAAUUCCCUGCAGAAGCUACGACUGGGGCGUAACGCGAUCGACCGACUUCCGGCGGACGCGUUCGCGGGCCUCACGUACCUGGACAUGCUCGAUCUGAGGGAGAACAACCUGAAGGAAAUCGAUCCGUCGGUGUUCAGGGACGGCAUGGCGCAUUUGGUGCACCUUUUUCUCAACGGGAAUCAACUGACCAACAUACCCUAUUCGCAGUUGUCGUCCCUGAAACGAAUGAAGGUCCUCGACCUGAGCUACAACCGGAUAUCCAGGAUGCUGAACGCACAGCAAGAACCGGAAAUCAGGGGGCUCCAAAUGUCCCUGGAUACUCUGCGGUUGGACUACAAUCAGAUCGAGAUCCUCAUGCCCAACGACUUCCAACACUUUUACAAAGUCAACAGGACUUACCUCGAUGGCAAUCCUUUGACCAUGAUCGAGGAGGGCGCGUUCAAGGACUCGAGGAUACGAGAACUCUAUUUCACCGAUUGCGAUCUGAUGGAAGUCGAUUCCUCCGACUUUACUGGCCUGGAGUCGUCCCUGGAAUUGCUGGAUCUAUCAGGAAACAACAUCACCUCUCUUCCGAGCCCUAUCUUCCAAGAAUACGAUUUUCUGCGAACCCUCAGCUUCCGCGAGAACAAGCUCCAGACAUUCUCGCCAGUGGAAGUGUUCAACGGUUUCCAAUAUUCUCUGUACAAUUUGGACCUGAGCGGGAUGGAGAACAGCAUGGUGUCCCUUCAGGAUCUAAGACAGAUGAGGAACAUGCGAUUUCUGUCGAUUUCACGGAUGCCACAGCCGACCCUGUCCGCGGAGGAUUUUAUGGAGUUCGGGAUGGACAUCAACGAGCUUCAUAUCGUCAAGAGCAAUCUGAACACUAUAAAAAAUCACGCUUUCAUGCACGUUCACGGGAUCCAGUACCUGGAUUUUUCGGAGAAUUCGAUCACCACGAUAGAGGACGAAGCCUUCUUAGAGGUGGCUCCUUCGCUUCUGACGCUGAGGAUGUCUCACGGUCUGUCGUCCUCCUUCUCUGAGAUUCCGAACACCCCUUUCAAGUUCUUGUCGAAUCUACGACACCUAGAUUUAAGCAACAACAAGCUUAAAUCCAUGCCGGACACGUCGUUCCACGUUAUGAACAAGAUCGUACGGAUCGAGCUACAGGAUAACGAGAUCGAUAGCAUCAGAAAGGGGACGUUCCAGGUUGACAUACAUUGGAGGCUCGAGGAAGUGAACUUAGCGUUCAAUAUGAUCAAAACGAUCCAGACCCACACGUUCGUCGACCUGCCGAGAUUAAAGACGAUAAAUUUAGAGGACAACGCUAUAGAUAGAAUCGAGAGACGCGGGUUCAUGAAUAUGAAAAUGCUGAAGUACAUUAACCUGCGUGGCAACAAAAUAAAGGAGAUCACCGACGAAGCGUUUCAGAAUCUGCCGGACCUGGAGUUCCUCGAUCUCGCGUACAACGAUCUGAACGAGUUCGAUUUCGCCUCGUUCGAUCAGGUGGGAACAUUGUCCUCGUUCAAGGUGAACGCUAGCCACAACAAGAUCCCGAAACUGUGGAUCAAUAGCACCACGUUCACGCCGGCGACCACCAUCGGUGGCUCGAUACAGUCGAACAUCAAGGUCCUCGACCUGAGCUACAACAACAUCUCCGACGUGAUGAAGUAUUACUUCAAGCCGGUGGAGUACUCGUUAACGCACCUCUACAUGUCCCACAACCAACUGAACAACGUCACGCAAGGUGUUUUCGGGAAUAUGCCUCACCUGCAGUGGCUCGAUCUGAGCCACAACGAACUGAUGGAGGUCGACUUCGACUGCUUCCGUAACACGAAGAACCUUCAGGUCCUGUUUCUCUCGUGGAACGACAUCACGGACAUACCAGCGGAGGCUCUUAGGCACCUGAAGAGACUCAGGAUCGUCGAUCUCUCCCACAACAAGCUAAGAGCACUGCCGGACAACAUGUUCUCGGACAUCAACUUGGAGAGCUUGGAUCUGUCUCAUAAUCAGUUUACGAGGCUGCCAAUUAAGGCUAUGUCCAUCUCUUCCGCUGCCAGUUUGUCUAUAUUGGACAUGUCUUGGAACUCGCUGUCGGGGAUCCACACCACGGACGCCAUAUUCAGAUUACGAAGUCUAACGUGGUUGGACUUGUCCUACAAUCGAUUAGUCAGGCUCGACGACGGAGUGUUCUCCGACAUGCCGUAUCUAACUCAUCUCGACCUGAGUCACAAUAAACAGCUGCUGUUGGAGUCUCGCGGAAGAACGUUCCACGGUUUGGAGGACUCGCUUCUCUAUCUCGAUUUGACCAACAUCUCGCUCCUGAGUGUGCCAGACUUGCCACUUCGACGACUGCAAACGUUGUAUUUGGCGCACAACGAGCUGGCAUCGAUACCGCCAGAAAUAGCAUCGAACUUAACGUCCCUACACUACCUGGAUCUUAGUGCCAACGAUCUAACGGUGGUGCCAUUGAUCACGCACACCCUACCGGAACUGAAAACCUUCAGUCUCGCGGAUAAUCCCAUUUCGAUAGUCAGCAACACUAGCUUCUUAGGUAUCGCGGACAGUCUCGAGGAACUGGACAUACGACGAUUAUCUUUGACCACGUUCGAAGCAGGAGCUCUCUGCAAAGCCACGAAACUUCGCAAGUUAUAUAUAACCGCUUACAACGGCGUGAAGAAUUUCAACUUCCCCAACAUCCUGGAGUACAAUCACGGCCUGCGGCAUCUAGUCAUCGACGUACAAAACGACACGGAUUUGGAGAAGGAGAUGAAAGGAAGGUUCCCCUACAAACUAUUCAAUAUAACGUUGACUGGUCAAGCUCUCAAGAAUAUACACAUAGAUAUACUACGAGGAAUAAGAAAUCCGCACUUGCAUUUCGAGAUGUACAACACCAGCGUGGGCUCCGUGCCGAAGAUGAUGUUCGAGAACGCGGAAUGGGUGAGGAACGUGACCGUUCAUCUUCAUCACAGCGAUGUACGGACGCUUCAUAAUCCCUCUAAUGGGUACAAACCGGGAGUUCCGGGGAAACGGUUUCUAAUGAGUCUCACGGUAGCAGGAAGCUAUUUUACUUGCGACUGCGACAUUGGAUGGAUGGAAACGUGGCAAAGAAAGCACAGACAGUACCAGGAAGACCGGUGCAACACCUACAGCGAAUUUAAGAACUUCGAGCGCGACGAGGAGGACGACGAGUUCGAUUGCUGGAACAACAACUGGGACGACGAUUUGCGCGAAACGUUUUGCUUGAACAAGAAUAACAUUUCUGUGUUGGAAGCGCUGAAAACCGAUCUCGAAUGCGGAUGGGGCGCGGCUGGUUACGUUCACGCGCCGCAUUUGCUCGUUCUUCUUUUCUUGAUCGUCCUCGCAGCAGCGAUCUAUUGAGCCUCUUCUCUGUCUACUCAAAUUUCGCACUCUUCGGCUCGAUCACUGUUCGUUUCGCGACGCGCCGGUGCCAUAAAAUGCAAACAUACCACCAGUAUGUUUAUUUAAUUCCGAAAACGCAGGCGACGUUUGUCAUUCGUAUAAUUUUCAAUUAUUAAUCUUCGUUCCCUACAAGGGAAAUAGCUUUGUCCAGCUCUAUGUACAUCGCAUCGUAUUUUAAUUCAUUUAGCAGUAAGUAUCAUAAUUUUUAAGUAACCGUAGUUUAUUUAUUUACGCGUUAUCAUAAUAGCGUGUAAGCGUAUCGUGUAGGUGAUAUUUAUUAUCGUUAUCAAUGAUGAUUUUAUCUAUCCAUGUUUGUGAUACGAUCGUCGUUUAAUUUCACGCGGAAGCAUUGUUUCGUUCAACGAUGGACAUUCCACUAUUUCUUCCACGAAACGGUUUCAUCUCGCGUUUGCAUUUUAAUCCGAGGCGUCGUAGAGAAAAUGAUACUUUUGCACACCCCUUAUUUUCUUCGCCUUGAGCAGCACGCUUCGAAUCAAUGAGACUGUCAAAUUAAUAUUCAGAUACUCGUACAAAGUGUAAAUCGUCGGAAUCAACAGGAAUUGAGGUUUCAUUCUCUUUGUAGCAACUAGUAAACUCUUCUUGCGUUCGUUGUAUAAAACUAACAACGUAGUGUCGUAUUCGUUUCCUCGCGUCAUGGUUGAACUAAAGAACACGUGACCAGUUAGCGAAUAUGGAGCGUAAAGAUCAAAGAGACUCGUGUAGUUUUAAAGUACAUUCUCAAGUGAUAUCCUGUAUAACUCGACAGUAAAAGGAUUUUAUACCUAUCUGUUAAAAAGAGAAAGAAUAUUCGCUUGCAAAUACAUGCCGUCGACACGACAUUUUUUAAUAAAAUUGCACCGAAUAUACAACAAGCGUUUUCGUUAUUAUU